ACGCUGCAAUAUGCAGCGUUCAAAACAACUGGGAACUCGGAAUUAGACAUUUCCGACCUCAGGAAUUAGACAUUUCCGACCUCAGUGCGUUCAAAAAAAAACAGGGAACUCGGAAAAAAACUAGUUCCGACUGGGAAAAAUGUGUUUUAACGGUCAUCCAACUCGGAAUUCCAACUCCGGAAUUUGGGCCUCUUUCUAGAGCUCAUGGCGUCAUUAUUUGACCUUGUAUAUAUGUUCGUGUUCCCAGUUGUUUUGAACUUGGCAUUAGUCACCGCAAAUGGGUUUCCAGAAAAUCGCAGCCGUGCCGAAAUAAAUUCUCACAUGAGGAGGCGUGGACGCAUGGUCCAGACCAGAAGACGUUACAGACAAAGCUUCGUCAGUAUUGGGACCUGGUCCGGGGUGAGCAGUAUGUCCUAUACCGCAGACUCAUUGCAGUAGAAAUCUUCAUCCAGAUCAAGUUCUGACCCAAGUUGACGGAACAGACGGUUGAGGGAAUCUCCUAGCAGAGAGGAUCAUGGGAGGAGCCGUGGUAGAUGAUGAGCCUAGUGAUGUCAAGGCACCAGAUGGAGGGUGGGGCUGGGCAGUGCUCGCCGGGGGGUUCGUCAUCACUGGGUUCUCCUACGCCUUCCCCAAGGCCGUCAGUGUGUUCUUCAAGGAGUUGAUCAGGGAGUUCGGAGUGGGAUACAGCGACUGUGCAUGGAUUUCUUCUAUACUGUUGGCCAUGCUCUACGGCACAGGUCCACUGUGCAGUGUGCUGGUGAACAAGUUUGGGUGUCGGCCAGUGAUGAUGGUGGGAGGGCUCUUUGCCUCCUUGGGAAUGGUCCUGGCCUCCUUGGCCACCAGUAUCAUACACAUCUACAUCUGUACUGGAGUUAUAACAGGUCUUGGCCUGGCGCUGAACUUCCAGCCAUCUUUGAUCAUGCUGAAUCGUUACUUUAGUGAGAAGAGGCCUCUAGCUAAUGGACUAUCUGCUGCUGGGAGCCCUGUGGCACUCUGCUGCCUCUCUCCUCUGGGACAGGUGCUGCAGUACCACUAUGGCUGGAGAGGCGGCUUCCUUAUCCUGGGGGGCCUGCUGCUCAACUGCUGUGCCUGUGGGGCCCUGAUGAGGCCCCUGGUGGGCCCCAAGAAGCCCCAGGACCAGGAGUUGCAGGCUGUGGGUGAAGCAGAAAGAAAGCUCAAGCCUAAGAAAAAGCUCCUGGAUUUUAGUGUAUUUAAAGACAGAGGUUUCCUCAUCUAUGCCAUAGCUGCAUCCAUCAUGGUACUGGGCCUUUUUGUGCCGCCCGUGUUUGUGGUGAGCUAUGCCAAGGAGAUGGGGAAUGAAGACACCAAGUCUGCCCUCCUCCUCACCAUCCUGGGGUUCAUUGAUAUCUUCGCCCGCCCCACAUGUGGGCUGAUUGCGGGGAUGAAGUGGGUCCGGCCUAGAUGUGUGUAUCUCUUCAGCUUCGCCAUACUCUUUAAUGGCAUUACCGAUGUGAUCAGCUCACAGGCGACAGACUACCCUGGUCUGGUGGUGUUCUGUAUCUUCUUCGGGCUCUCUUACGGGAUGGUGGGGGCGCUGCAGUUCGAGGUUCUCAUGGCCAUCGUGGGCACAAAGAAGUUCUCCAGCGCUUUAGGGCUGGUGUUGCUCAUGGAGGCUAUCGCUGUGCUGGUGGGCCCGCCUGGAGCAGGUCGUCUGCUGGACGCCACACAUAACUACAUGUACGUGUUCCUGCUGGCUGGCUGUGAGGUCAUUCUGGCCUCCAUCGUCAUCUGCAUGGGCAACUUCCUGUGCAUCAAGAAGAAGCCAGAUGAGCCUGAAGCCCAUUUAAAGAAUGGAGCCCCCGUAGAGAUGGAGAAGCUCAACAGCCUGCUGGAGGCGGAGGGAGGAGAGCAUGAGAGGGCGCAGCCGGCGGGGGUGAGGGGUGGCGCCGCAGAGGCAAAAUAGGGAGUGGAAAAGAAUGGAGGGGUGGGAAACCCAGAGACAGCUCUGUGAUGGAAAGAGAAGGGAUAUUUGUUAAUUGAUUUUUAGAGACUGACAAGCUUUUAUUAAACACUACCAAUAGGGACGAACAUAAGAAUACACACACUGGCGGAGGGAGGGAUGAAGAGAAGGAUGAAUUGCAUUGUGCUGUGUUGUAUGCUUUAAUAUACACAGCAAAUUGGCCAGUGUUACCUACUGUUUUUUCAGGGUAACAUUUCUGUUUUGAUUCUGGAGUAAAAUUAACUCUAAGGGUUAAAUUGACACUGAGUGGUGUAAUAGGACCCCAGUGUCUGUUAAUAACCGAUGUUAACCAAAACCACAGCCAUCAUGUUUCCCAGCAUGCUCAAUGCAGGUGAUUUCAAAAUAUAUAUUUUUUUGUGGGCAGAGAGGGGAGGGGGGUUUGAUUGUACAUUGAUUAAUGUUGUGCUACUCAAAUAUAAAUUCCAUACAUUUUUCUAAACUAAUCUAAUGUGUUACUUGGAUGUAUUGCACACAUUACUGAAAUGGUUGUCCAGUUUAAAUGCAUUCGAUACUCUCAUAUUUUAGUCUUCCCAACCCUGGCAGUCAUUCUGAAUAAAAGUUGAGUGAAUACAAA